ACCCCUCUCUCCUCUCCUCUCCACAGCUUCCGAUUGAAAAAAAUGGCGGUGGAGGUGAAACGUGUCUCUGGAACUGCCGCAGCACCGCUGUCGUUCCGACGAUCGCUGAACCCGUGCCCUCGCCACGUGUCCUUUCAGUUUCCUUCAACGAUUUCUCGUCGCUUCAUUGCGCUCGCAGUUAUCAAGAGGAGCCCCAAACGUCUAAAAUACUCAACCCCUCGUUUUACGAAGGAGGAUGGAUUAUUGUACGUUGAAGUUGAUCCGGCUGGGUCGGACUCCUGGAAACUGGACCCGAUCAUUGAACUCCUGAAAGAGGGAGCUGUUGGUGUUAUUCCUACUGAUACUGUGUAUGCAAUAGCUUGUGAUCUGAGAAACAACGCCGCCAUUGAACGGUUGCGUAGGAUAAAGCAUAUCGAACCUUCAAAGCCGCUGAGUAUAAUAUGUCGCUCCUUCAAAGACAUCGAUACAUACACUACCGGGUUUCCUCGUGGCAAUGGCGAAGGUCUUACUAACAUUUUUCGAGCUGUUAAACAUUGCCUGCCUGGUCCUUAUACGUUCAUUUUGACUGCAAGCAAAGACCUGCCAAAACAAUGUAUCCGAUAUGGGACUACAACUUCCAAAUACGCAUCAAGAAAGAAUGUAGGGAUUCGCAUACCAGAUGAUGCCGUGUGCAAGGCAAUAAUGGAGAAGAUGGAAGCUCCUUUAAUAUCCACAAGUGUCAGGUCACCAAAGGAGAAUGAAUGGAUCUUAGAUCCGGUCAUAAUAGCUGAUUUAUAUGGACCAGAGGGGCUUGAUUUUGUUGUUGCUGCUGAUACUAGAAUUGCUUACCCAUCUACUGUAGUGGAUAUGACUGGGACUUCUCCUCGAGUAAUACGCCAGGGAAAGGGUCCUAGACAGCCGUGGAUGGUUGCAGAAGAUGAGGAAGAUGAAGAUAACUGAAACUCUAAUGCAAAUACUCGAUACUCUUUUUGUUGGGGGCAUACUCAUUGUGCAUACUCAGUUUCCAAAAUCCCCAAACUAACCCUCCAUAACCAAAACAAAAAAUGUGAUUACACCACCCAUACUGUGAAGCUUGUUCUUUUGUAAUUGGCAGGGUAAUUAGUACCAAUUAUUGUUAAUGUUUUCCCGCUUGCUCGCAUUUUGAUGUAAACAGUGGAAUGAAAUGAAACUUGUCUUAACUUGAUAGU